CUCUCUCUCUCUCUCUUAGUUUCUUUCUCUCUCUAGAUUUUAGCCAUUCUCUCUUAAUUCCUUCGUUUCAAAUUCACUUUCUCCCAUUUCUUCUCUGCAACUACUAAUCUCUCUCUCUCUCUCCUCUCUCUCCUCUCUCUCACACACAGACACACGCACGCACACAGAGAGAGAGAGAGAGACAAAUGAGAGACUUUGCGUCGUGUUUCAGUGAAUACGCAGUGCAGGUAUCCGACACGUCAUGUUCGAGCUACUCGAGCAACUCCUGCAUUUCACCGAAUUCGAUCCCAUCCGUUCAAAAUUCCGUCACGUGUCUCUACAGAGCCGCCCUCUCCACCAAGAGGCACGUGCUCAUCACGCUCACGUGGUGUAAGAACUCCCUCUCCCAGGGCCUCAACAUCACCUUCUCCGGCGACGACCCCACCGCCACCACCACCACCGCCGCCGCCACAUUCAAGCUCAACACGAACUCCAGACUCUUCCGAAAAUUAAAGGGCAGCAAAUCCAUCGAGUUCCACAACACAAACAUCGAAAUCUUCUGGGAUCUGUACGCGGCCCGCUACGAAUCAGGGCCCGAGCCCGUGGAGGGUUACUACAUCCUCAUCACCUUCGAUUCGGAUCUCGUCUUCUCACUCGGCGACACGGCCCACGAAGCCCACCCGAAGAAGCUCAGACCCAACCCGACCCGAACCGCGAAAUCGUCCCUAAUCUCCAGACAGGAGCACUUCUCCGGGAACACGCUGUACUCGACCCGGACCCGGUUCUGCGAAAACGGGUCGGCCCACGACAUCGUGAUCCACUGCAGCGGCGAAAACGACGGGCUGAAGUACCCGAUCCUGUCGGUGAGUAUCGACAAGAAGACGGUGAUACGUGUGAAGAGGCUGCAAUGGAAUUUCAGAGGGAAUCAGACGAUAUUCUUGGAUGGGUUGCUUGUGGAUUUGAUGUGGGAUGUGUUUGACUGGUUUUAUAAUCCCGGUGCACCGGGAAAUGCGGUGUUUAUGUUCAGGACAAGGAGCGGAUUGGAUAGCAGGUUGUGGCUGGAAGAGAAGAUGGUGCAGAAGGAUCUUGAUAAAGUUGAUUUCUCUUUCAUCAUCUACGCUUGUAAGAAUUUAUGAUUUUUUUAAUUGUCUUUUUUUUUUCUUUUU